GUUCCACCAGUUGAGCAAUACUGAGCUGCAUCCAUUGGAAGAGCUCGGGACCUCAGACGAUCGACCUUAUUACUAAGUGUUUAGCGAUGGCGUCCACGCUUCGGCACGGUUCCCACCACCACCCGCUGCAACAUAUUGGAACAAUGGACGCCAGCGUGAGGGCGGCAAAUUGCCGUGCAUGCGACCUCCCCUUCACAUCGGAGAACGUCGACCUUUUCGGUUGCGGCCUCUGCGGUUUCUUCCUCCACCGGUCCUGCUGCUUUAUGCCGACGCUGCUUAAGAACCCUGCGCACCCCCAGCACCAACUCGUGCUUCGUUAUGCAUCUGCCUACAGCAGCGGCCAUUUCGGUUGCGACAUAUGCGGGAACGGUGGCCAAGGGUUUAAUUACCACUGCCAGACUUGCCAAUUCGACGCCCAUCUGCCAUGCGUUAACCUGCCUCGAAAGGCACUCAGCCCGGCCCACCAGCACCGACUUCAGCUCCUGUUCCGCCCACCUGCCAUGGGACGCACCUCCUGUGGCUUUUGCGGCAUUCAGAUCCAGCAUUGCUGCUACAGCUGCAGCCGUUGCAGCUUUUUUCUACACCCAAAGUGCCUCAAGAAACAACCCAGGACAGGAUGUUCCAAUAACCAACAGGGCCCCACCAAACAGAGCAGACUAAACUUAGGAAAUGCUCUUAUGGCAACCUCAGCGACAGUCAAUUUGGUCCGACUAGGGUGUCAGCUUUUUGGUGGUAUAGAUCCUGCUAUAGAUAUGGAUGGGUGGUUCGGUGAGGAGGCCGGAGAAGAUAACGACGUUGAAGAUGGCGCAGACAUCGACGACGACGGCGACUUCGACGAUGACAUGAGCACCUUCGGCCAGCCGUUUGGCUCCGGCGGUUACCUUGAUAGUGCCUUAAGAGAGGAGGCUAGAUCUUUGGCUUUCGAGCACAUGAAAAGGAUGGGCGGGGGUUUCUGACCGACUUUUUUCCCUCAACUGUCUUGGUGUAAUGAAGGAAGCUAUAGUGUGCCUUACCGUUUUAAUUUGAAUAAGUUGCCAUGACUACUACUGAUGCCCACAUGUUCGUGUGUAGUUUUUCUCUCAUUCUCCAAGGGUCUGUGAGGUGUUGUAACGUAUCUGGAUUUGAUGCAAUUUGCUUUUGUUAUA